AGACGUAUACUAGUUACCUCGUUGCCAGUCAAUAUGUGUAUACUAGUUAAUAGCAGGAACCACACAACGCGGCGCAACGGGCCCUAUGUGCCGUGCUUCAAGGGACACGUUGCUUUGGAUCGGGCGAGUUGGUUUAUAAAAGCGUUUGAAACCGUUUGUUAUGAAAUGCGUAAUGGUUAAAAGUAUAAUUAAAUGAUCAACACAUAUGCUUCAUAAUUGCGCGGUAUUCAUUUCACUCUGCUACUGGUUGGCCAUUUUGUGGUUUUUCACGACGUAUAAAAGGUAAACCUUCUGCAUCCGUCGAUUAUGCUUCCAUAAUUGCCUCAGUCUCAUUGCGUUUUAUGGCUGCACAAACUACUCGUCGUAUGUCAACAACAACGGAGGCAGUGUCCACUGGUCUCACAGAAGAGGACAUCCCAGGAGCAAAACAGGAUGUAUCUGUACCUGCCCUGCAAAAACUUAAAUGUCAUGAGUUGAAGUUUUGGCUUCAACGCCGUGGAGAUUCCUGCAAAGGCGUGAAAACCAAGGCACAGCUGAUACAGAGAAUUCAACAGACUGUUUCAAAUGGCAAGCAUUCUACAGUCAUUGAUCCCACCCCAGAUAAGCAUUGGGAGAGUCUCAAGGCACAAAGGGUACCAAGUGGGCCUAUAUGCACCAUACACUCUGCUGACCCUAUUCCCAAGAAAGGAUCAUACCACCAGUGGGGCAGUUCUACUGACUGGGGAAAGAGGCUUGAAAGCCUUCCAGACCUUACACGGCGAGAAAUAGAUCUGCACAUAGACACUGUGAACAUGAGAAUUAGGCCACAGAAGGACUCGACUCGAGUGUCAAAACCUGCAAUCCGUGGUGCACACCUCCUUGCUGAGAGAUAUCUCAAUUCAGAGACUAUUUCAACGCGCUCAGGUCCUAUUUGUUGUUUUGCACAGUUACAAAGAAUAAUUAAUGUAAAUUUAUUAUAAGAGUUUUUGGAAAGGAGUACAUCAAAAUCCUUACCUUACCCUCAUUGAGUAAACAUUUUGUGUGGCAAGUUUGGCAAAGGUAAUUUAAGAUGAACAAUUUAGAAAUUUAGAAAAACCCAAAACGGUUGAAAAUAAUGUUCAGCAAGCCAUUUAUAAGUCUUUAUUUAACCCUUCAUAUUAUUCAACAGGCCUUGCAUUACAAAGCAUCACACAAAACAUUCUUUUACAUGAAUGAAUGCUCCAAAAUCAUUCUUUUCUGAAAGGUUUUCUGAAAUACAAAUUAAUGAUCCUUUAAUUCUGCAUAUUGUAUUCUUUAUAUAAUUCAGUUGGAAAAAAUAAUUUUGUACAUUCCUGUGUAUUUUUCUUAAAAAAGUAGUCUUGCUGUGUGCUGACAUAUACAUGUAGCUGGAUUCUUAAUGUGAAGUCAUCAUUACACAAUAAUAUUGAUAGGUUAUUCCAGAGAACAAUUGUUCUGGGACAGGGUCUUCCAAAACAAUGAAAAAUACCUGUUCUUUAUAUUAGAAAAAACACUUGGGAUGACUUAUUAUGUAACGCAUGUGACCUCACGUUGAGAAUUCAGCCAUACAUUAUAUCAGCAAGUGGCCAAAUUAUGUUAGCGACUAUUAAAAAAAAAAAAAAAAAAGUAAAUCAUUUAAAAGUACACAGGAAUGGAAUGUACAACAUGAUUUUUCUAACAAAGGAAAUAUAGGUGUAACAUAAAAGCACCAUUACUUAGUAUUUUAACAAACCUUUAAGUAGUAUUUAAAUAAAAGGCAUGAGAGUGCUAUGUAUAAAAUGAA